AUGAAUCUCCGGCAAUCCAUCCUGACCCAGCAAUGGGGUCGAUGCCUUCCCUUUCGUCGGCGAGGUGGUACCGCGAUCCGCGCUGCAUCGACUACCCCGAGGAGGAUAGAUCUGUUAGCAGUGGACAAGAAGUGGAAAGAAAAAUGGCGGAAUGAUCCUUCAUCGGAAUUGGUUAAUAACCAUGGCAAGGAAAAGGCAUACGUUCUCUCUAUGUUUCCUUAUCCAUCCGGCGCAUUGCAUUUGGGCCAUGUGCGGGUUUACACCAUAUCCGACGUAUUGGCACGGUUCAAGCAUAUGAAGGGAUACGAUGUGCUACAUCCGAUGGGGUGGGAUGCAUUUGGGCUACCAGCGGAGAAUGCGGCAAUUGAGCGGGGAAUUGAUCCGGCGAAGUGGACCAUGCAGAAUAUCGCUAAUAUGAAGGAGCAGCUGAGGGCGAUUGGGGCACGAUUUGAUUGGGAUAGGGAACUGAUGACGUGCUCGCCUGAAUUUUAUAAACAUACGCAACGUAUAUUCCUGAUGUUAUACAAAGAGGGACUGGCGUAUCAGGCAAAAGCAAGAGUCAAUUACGAUCCGAUUGACAAAACCGUUCUAGCAAACGAGCAGGUUGACGCGAAUGGGUGCUCGUGGCGAUCUGGAGCGAAAGUGGAAAAGCUCGAGCUCAAGCAAUGGUUUUUCCGCAUCACAGCUUUCAAGGAAGCAUUACUGAAAGAUCUCGAGUCUCUGGAGGCUAGCUGGCCUGAGCGCGUUUUGUCGAUGCAGAGGCAUUGGCUAGGAAAAUCCUCAGGGGCGCACAUAAAAUUUCUGGUUUCUGCCCCCGAUGACAAUUACGACAUUCAGGUAUUCACAACUCGACCAGACACUCUUCAUGGUGUUCAGUAUCUAGGCCUAUCAACGACUCAUCCGUUGGUGGCCAAAAUGGCUAGAUCGGACCCUAAACUCAAAUCAUUUCUCGAUUCUGCGACAUCUCUCCCACAAGAUACAAAAGCUGGUUAUCUGCUUCCAGGUGUUGUGGCUGUCAACCCACUUAGUUCAGUUGAAGCAAAUCCUUCCUUGCAAGCUUCGAUUCCGGUAUAUGUUGCUCCAUAUGUUUUAGGGGAGUACGGAGAAGGCGCUGUCAUGGGUGUUCCCGGGCACGAUUCUCGAGAUUUUGCCUUCUGGAACGAAAACUCGAAAUCCAAACAAGUGACAUUUGUGGUUAAACAAAUUCUUUCGCAGGAAGCUGAGCCGGGAGAUUUACCAGAGGCUCAACGGGUGCCAUUUCUUGGACAUGGUAUUUUGGCUGAUACUUGCGGAUCUUACAGUGGAAUGUCCUCUGAAGAGGGCGGCAAAAAAAUCAUCGAAGACUUAAAAAGCAAAGGGGAUUUUGCAAACGUUGCAGAAAGUUGGCGGCUUAGAGACUGGUUAGUCAGUCGGCAGCGAUACUGGGGAACACCCAUUCCUAUUAUCCAUUGUGAUUCAUGUGGCCCAGUUCCUGUUCCCCAGGAUCACCUCCCUGUCGAGCUUCCGGUCAUCGAAGGUGAUAGCCUUAGAGGUAGCCAAGGGAAUCCGCUUGAGUACGCGGAAGAAUGGCUUCACGUCCCUUGCCCUAGCUGUGGAAAGGCUGCUAGAAGGGAUACUGACACAAUGGACACUUUCGUCGAUUCCUCAUGGUACUUCCUGAGAUUCCUUGACCCGGCGAACAAAACAGCACCGUUUUCUCCAUCCCAUGUUCAUCCAGUCGAUAUUUAUAUCGGAGGUAUUGAGCAUGCAAUCCUUCAUCUACUAUACGCGCGCGAAGUUCUUGAGUGGGAUGAAUCUAAAAUAGUCGGCAUGGAGCGGUGGUUCAACCGGCUAUGGCGCGUUGUAUUAGAUUCGCGUGUUUCAUUGCAAGAUUUAAGUACGGUAUCUGAUGAUGAAGCCACCAUCCUCCUUGCAGCACACGAUACUAUUACAUCUGUUUCCCGCUGUCUCGACGGGAUGCCUUACGGUCUAAACACCGUGAUAUCCGACCUAACCAAAUUCACAAAUUCGCUGGCAUCAUCAUCACUACCAACGACUCCAUCUCCAAGUUCGCAAGCUAUUCUCUACAUUGCAUUAUCAUCUCUCCUCCGACUUCUAGCUCCUAUAACACCGGCACUAGCCUCGGAAUGCUGGGAACAUCUCCAUAGCCCAAUCCGAAACUCCUCGACUAUAUCUUCACCGCCCCGGACAGUACCAUCUAUUUUUUCUUCGCCCUGGCCCGAUCCACUCCUCUCUUCACGCGACGUUCAAUCACUCCGCGCUCGCGUCGGAAAAACCGUCGCGGUGCAAAUAAAUGGAAAACUUCGCUUUAGCACAACUAUACCGUCGCUACCGAGUGGUGAUUCUGUGUCGACAAAGACGUCAGAUGAUGAACAAUCCUGGAUUUUGUUUCAUCUCCUAGAAACAUCCGAGGGCAAAUUAUGGCUGAAGGAGAGGCAUGACUGGGAGAAGAGAAAGCGAGUUAUAGUCGCACGUGGCGGAAAAGUUGUCAAUGUGGUGUUUUGA